AUGGACCGUGGGAACCAUGGACUGUGGGAGCCAUGGACCGUGGGAGCCAUGGACCGUGGGAACCAUGGACCGUGGGAACCAUGGACCGUGGGAACCAUGGACCGUGGGAACCAUGGACCGUGGGAACCAUGGACCGUGGGAGCCAUGGACCGUGGGAACCAUGGACCGUGGGAACCAUGGACCGUGGGAACCAUGGACCGUGGGAACCAUGGACCGUGGGAACCAUGGACCGUGGGAACCAUGGACAGUGGGAACCAUGGACAGUGGGAACCAUGGACAGUGGGAACCAUGGACAGUGGGAACCAUGGACCGUGGGAACCAUGGACAGUGGGAACCAUGGACAGUGGGAACCAUGGACAGGGUCCACUCGUGGAUAAGUCUUGA